GACGCUUCCAAAACAAACGCUCGCGCUAGCCAGUUCCAGAUCUGUACAACACAAGGCAGAGGUGCUCAUGGGAAAUGCAGUCUCAUUUUUGGACGCCAAACGCAACACAAAAUGAAAGUUCCUUGUAGUUGCUUUAAGGAAUGCUGUCAUGUUAAAGGAUUAUAAAACAGACAAUGAAUUAUCACACACGUACAGAAGUGUUACAACUUCUUAUCUAACUCUGUAAUUCAGAAAGAAUGUCUGAUUGUUUGAGCCGGUCUGAAACCCGGUGCACCGGACGUGAUGUCAUCACGCUGCGGAAAAACCAAUAUGGCGCCUGGAGCUCCUCAGAAAUCAGUCACUGCAGACUCCCUGAAGAAGAAGAGGGUGAGGUCAGUGGAAGGCCAGCGAGCAAAAAGAGAAAGUGACAAACGGCGCAGUAAGACAAGAAUAACCAUCGGCGCGGCAAUUACAAAGUGGCGACAAGUUAAGAAGCAAUGCGGUAUUAAAACGGACUCAAAGAUGGCUUUUAUUCUGCUGGACAGUUAUCUUCGCACCAAGGCAGAGAAUCGCCCUGAACGGCCAGCCCUCGAUAGAAGCUCUUCAACUGAAACCUGUGAAAGUGUGCAUUACGAAUACCCGUUCAUGAUGAGUUCACCAAAUGAAGCGGAGCGGGAAGCUUCUGCUGCUGCUUCUGUCCAGUCAUCUGAAAAUGGAAAGGAGUCAGGGAAAAAAGAUGCUGCAUGUCAAAGAUGGAAAAGUCAAGAUGAGUGGGUGACAACCAACCAGUCAGAAAAUAAAGAAAAUAGAGACAGUCAAGAAGACAAGGAUGAAGAGUUUAGCACCUCGUUAAGUGUGGGAGAUGGACACUACCUGGUGGAUUUGGGAAGCUCAUCAGAGUUCAUCGUCGAUGAGGAGUGCAUCCUUCAGCUGUUCAGGUCGUGCCGGGAAUGCAACAGACAGUGUACAGUUAGAAAACAUGUCAAAGGACUAAAGCUCGUGGUUUACCAGGCGUGCUGUUUUUGUCAGAGCCGCUGUAAAUGGACUAACCUGCCGGGUGAUGAUGAUGGUGAUUUCCAGAUAAAUGGAAAGGAGGCAGCACAUGAACAGACCAACUCAGCAAUGUCACCAAGCAGAAUUACGAGUUGAGCUGGUGUCAUGUCUGAAAUGACGCUCCAAGCAGACAGUGGCUGUACUGAAGUAAUGAUGAACCAGGAAUAUGUUCCUGUUUUUUUUUUUAAACCUAUGAUACAGUGGACUGGGCAGCUGGACUUGAGGUUGCUCUGCUGCCUCCUUGGAUUUUGGCUGUCUCUCUCUGGAAUAUCACAAAGCUGUCAUCAACAUCUCCGUAUGCAUUUAUUUGCUGAUGCCAUCACACACAUCAUAGAACCAUCUGAUGCAAGUGAGAGGGCAGUUGUCUCACCUUGCUGCAUUUGCAUACCACAGCGAAGGGAGGAGGAAGAAUACUUGGUUUUAAUUGGCAGGUAAGAGUUUUAGUAAACAGUUGCUUUGCUGUUUGUAGUCAGGAGUGACGCUGUUGCAGCAAAACAAGACAACUGAACAAUGAUUGUAAUGGCAAAGACCCUGAGAAAAGCUGGACUGUUCCUUCGUCUUUCCGAAGAAUACUUUUUUUUUGUUCAGAUUUCUUACGUCAAAAGGUGAAUAAUCUUCUGGUUCUUUUCCAACCUUGUGCCAGUAUGUAUUUUCACAAUACAAAUUUUCUCAAACAAGGAUUGUUGUCAAGAUUUCAAGCAAUAUUGAACGAUGUUAAAGUGACUCACCCUUUUGAAGGACUGCAUUUAAAUGGUCAAAAAUUCUGGGUUUUGCCCUCAUUCUGAAAUUCUACUAAGAUGUUUACAUGGCCCAUGAAAAUGUAUGAUCCAUUAAUAUUCCUGUUUACAUGCAGCUGUGCACAGCCUCCCUCUCUCAUUUGUUUAACCACAUUCUUCAAAAGGUCGCCGCUGCAAUAUAUUCAAUUGUUGAUAUCCAAGUCUUAAUGUUUGAAAGUAGGUGUUUAGAGAUGUGGAUUUUCCUUUUGUGCUGCAUCUCUAUUCUACCCUUGCAAACUGUUGGCUAAGCAACACACAAAGCUGCCUGUAAAACCGGCAAGAGGCUGUGUGUUGUAAACUGCUUAAAAAAAACCCCAAUUGUUACCCAAUUGGUCCUAAACCCUGAAUAAUAUCUGCAUAUCCUACAUGUCUUAAUUGAAAAACGCUCCAUUCAGAAUAAGGCCUAAUUUGGAAAAUGUAACUGUUUACAUGACCUGUAAUAAAUUCAGAAUAUUGUCAUAUUUGGAAUAAUAAUAAUAAGGAUGCAUGUGACUAUAGUCAGUGUUAGUGGUUAGAUUCAAGACCCCAUUUGCACCUGCCAUUAACAUGUGGUCUGUAUCUGGAUUUGGGGGGAAAAAAAACAUGUUAAUGCCCUGCGUAAAUGCAUGCAGGAAGUAUUGUGAUUAGAUCGUCCAGAUCGCACCUGGAAAGGUUUGCACUGUGAUUGGAUUUCACCUAGGUGUCACCAAUAUCUUCCCAUCUAGUUGAAAGGUCACUCAACUAUCUCUCCCUGCUAUCUUGAGCAAUCCUGUCAGAAUAGUAGCAGUAGCUUUCUUUUUUGUCAUGCUACAGACAGAACAGCCUCAUUACAGGAUAUUUUCAGCGACUUGCUCAGCUAAAGUUAAGCCGGAAUAAAAUACCAAAACAAUCAGCACCUUAAUUGUGACGCACCCAGAGAGACGAGUGAGCCCACACAUUUAUUAGAUGGUGGUGGGGCGUGCGUGUGCUCAUUGGAUACAAUUCACAAAAUCAGUAGACAGCGUUUUAACAUUGCAACCUCUGUGUAUUGGUUAAAAACGACCAUGUCUUAAGUUCUGGCUGAGAGUUAAAAACAAUCACAAUGGAGCUGAGGAAAAGGAGAAGUCACGAAAGACUGAUUAUCAUCGCCCCUGGUGGUCAGACAGCACAACACUAGGUUAAUUAAAAAUCAAAUGACAUAAAAGUUAAAUAAUAAAUAAACCACUGGCAUGGUUAAAACAGACAUCGCACAUAUAUGUGGGGAAAAAGAGGUUAAAACUCAUUCUGCGUGUAACAUUCAUACUUAUUAAAUUUGCAUCUGUGGUCCUUA